UGCUGCAUCAAUACUAUGGCUCCACAAUACGCACCGAGUAUGCGCUCCCGUCUGGCGCCCAUAUUACUUUUGGUUCAAAUCAUUUUUAUAGCAUUAUUUGCCUGUUACUUCGAGAUUGACAGUCAGAAAAGAGCACGAGAUGGAACUGCUUUCAACACCUUUUAUCCAGAGUUCCAGGAUGUGAAUGUUAUGGUGAUUCUGGGUUUUGGGUUCUUGGGUACAUUUCUUGUGAGAUAUGGAUUCAGCAGCACUGGGUUCAACCUCCUUGUAGCAGUAAUGGCAGUCCAGUGGGCUCUGAUACUCAAUGGCCUGGAGUCCUGGUAUUACAAUGGGAAGAUCGUGAUUAAUUUAAGAAGCUUUGUUUACGCAGAGAUGUGCGCAGUGCCAGCUCUCAUCUCAAUUGGGACUGUCCUGGGAAAGAUGAACCCUGUCCACCUUAUCCUAAUUGCCAUUUUUGAAGUGUCAGGAUUUGUUCUUAAUGUGUGGCUACUGCACAUUAUUACAAAGACCCCGCUUUUCAACGGCAUCAUGCUGCUGCACAUUUAUGGAGCCUUUUGACUCAUGUUGACCUGGCUUUUAUACAGAAAAGGAUCAGAGCAGCCAUUUGAGAAAGAGAAAAUCUCUCGUAACUCAGGAGUGUUCUCCAUGCUGGGAACUCUGUUUCUAUGGAUGUUUUGGCCUAGUUUUAAUUCAGUGCUAGUGGACAAUUAUCCACAUGGGAGAAAACUGGAAGCAGUGUGCAGCACCUACUUGUCUUUGGCUGUCAGCGCAGCAACUGCUGCUGCUGUGUCUGUGGCAUCGAGUCCUAAAGGGAAACUCAACCUAGUCCAGAUCCAGUCAAGUAUACUUGCUGGUGGUGUUGCCAUUGGAGUGGCUAUGCCAGUUGUUCAUAAACCGUGGGAAGCCAUGACUUUAGGAUUUCUUGCAGCAGUUUUAUCAACCACUGGGUACAAAUAUCUGAAGAGCCAUAUGGUUGUUGUAUUCCAGUGCCAUGACACCUGCUCCAUCCUAAGCACUCAUGGUCUUCCUGGUUUGUUGGGGUGGAUGGCACAGUUCCUGCUGUUGAAGGAUUUUGAUGAUCACACAACGGCUAUUCGCUUUGCAGUUUUUCACAUUACUAGCCUCUUCAUCACCUUGAGUGUUAGCCUGUCCACAGGAAUAAUAACAGGGAUUCUACUCAGAUGGAGGUUCUGGCGACCGCCCCAGGACCGAAAAUGCUUUGAUGAUCAGGCAUUCUGGGAGGCAAGUGUCGACAAAUUUCCCCACCUUAUAGUACAAAAGUAA